UGGCGCCCUCCUGUCCGCCGACAGGCAACGUGAUUCCGUGUUAAAAUCUGAAAUUUUUUCCCACUUAAGGCAACGAAAGUCUAUAUAUUUCAAAAUUAAACCCAAUUCUAGGGGAAAGGUAUCUACGCUUCGGGACCUUUCUUUCUUUUCUAAGAUUAUUCUGCAAGCACCAUAUAGAUGGCUUCAUUCAAACCCACUAAAAUCCUGGUGUAUCCAAAACUGGGAGAGAAGGUCACACAGGAUACUCUUUACUGGAAAAACUACAAGGUUCCUGUCCAGAUAAAAGAAUUUGGAGCCGUCUCAAACAUUGACUUCUCUCCUGUGGCUCCGCAUAAUUUUGCUGUAACAGCCUUUACAAGAAUUCACAUCUAUGGGCCCUUCUCCCAAGCGCCUGUUAAGACAUUUACUCGUUUCAAGGACACUGCUUAUUGUGGAAGGUUCAGGUCGGACGGCCAGCUGCUUGUAGCAGGAUGCGAAGACUCAGUUGUUCGACUUUUUGAUGUCAGCGGCAAGGUGGCACUUAGGAUGUUCAAAGGGCACACAAAGGCUGUACAUGUCACAGACUUUACAUCAGACCGUUACCAGAUCAUCACCGGGUCUGACGACUACACCUGCCGGCUGUGGGACAUCCCGAAUGCAGCUGAGCUCACUACUUACCAAGAACACACGGAUUACAUUCGCUGCGGCAUUGCCAGCAAGCUGAACCGAGAUCUCUUCAUUACCGGAUCCUAUGACCACACUCUGAAGGUGUUUGAUGCCAGAACAGAUAAGAGUGUGAUGACUAUGGAGCAUGGGCAGCCGGUGGAGAGCCUCCUUCUUUAUCCCUCUGAGGGACUUCUUGUCUCAGCAGGUGGGCGCUACGUCAAAGUGUGGGAUCUGUUAAAAGGUGGCCAGCCUUUGGUGUCUCUGAAGAACCAUCAUAAAACUGUCACCUGUUUGGCUCUCGGCAGUAACGGACAGAGGCUGUUGUCUGCGUCUCUGGACAGGCAUGUGAAGGUCUACAACACAACCAGCUACAAAGUGGUUCACAACUUUGACUAUGCCGCUGCAAUCCUCAGUCUGGCUUUGGCUCCGGAUGAUGAGUCUAUCGUUGUUGGGAUGACCAACAGUAUUCUGAGCAUCAAACACAGGAAACACUCAGAAGAGUCAAAGGAAGGACUUAACCGACAGAGGCAGCGUCCUUCAUAUCGUGUAUUUGUGAAAGGGAAAAAUUAUGUUCCAAAACAAGAUGAUUAUCUUGUCAGCAAGCCGGUUAAAGAGCAUUUGGCCAAAUAUGACAGGCAGCUCAAGAAAUUCAGUGUAUCUAAAGCUUUGGAUACAGCCAUGGAGCCCUGGUUAAGAAAGAGGCAGCCAGAGGUCACUGUGGCUGUCAUGAAGGAGCUUGACCGUAGAGGAACUCUAAAGAACGCACUCGCAGGAAGAGAUGAGGAGCAGCUCUCUCAGUUACUCCACUUUGUCAUCGGAAACAUAGUUGACACUAGGUUCAGCCCCAUUCUCGUGACUGCAGCGGAGAUGAUCCUGGACAUCUACAAGUCAGUGGUCGGCCAGUCAGCGCUGAUCGACCGGCAGCUGCUGCGCCUUCAGAGCCUGCUUGAGUCUGAGAUCAACUUGGAGCGGGAGCUCCUGGAGGUCCUAGGAAUGCUGGACACCAUGUUUGCCACCUCCAUUCCUCGUAAGGAGGUGCCGUUCUCCGACAAUAGCAGAUCUAAUGGCUUGGCUCAAGGCGAAGCAUGCAGCUCAAGAUCAGAGCUUCAUGUCACCUGAGAUCAACUGAGAGGAAGAACUGAUUUUAGCCAGGGUUAAGGUGAUUUUUAUAAAAUCUCAAUUGGGGUCAGGAGAUCAUUCUGUGUAUAAACAUCACGAAACACCAUAUGUGAUUGAUAUAAAAUCUACGGUGAAUGCAACAUUUUGCAUGCUGAUGGAUGGGAGGUCUACUGGUGGGCAUCCAUAGACCAAAGUCUUCUAUCUCGACUGAACUAACAUUUGUUUUUAAACCCCCAUCAAUACAAUUGGAGUAUAAACAAGCCAAUCAGAUUUCUCCCUUUAUGAUGCUCUUUGACAGAUAGUUUGAUUUGUUAUGAAUUUAAACCAGCAGCUGUGUUCUGCUGUGAAAGGUCACAAAGCAAAAGACUGGGUCCGUUCAACACUUUACCCAGACUAGCUUCAUUUUUUAAUACAUUUUAUGUGUUAAAAUCUUUUUGCAAAAUAAAUAUUAUACUUAUCAUUAGCGUCUGAAACAAUGUAAGAUGAUAGACGCCUUUGAAAAGAUUUGUUUUCUUCUUUCUUUAAACAGCUAAGGAAACAUCAACCAAUCAUAGCAGAGUAUGCCUCCUUCAAUCCAUCUGAUCCAGUUUCAGUGUAAACCCUCUGGUUUUAACAUGGGCGCCUAAUGAAAACGGGACCAUGCAUUUAUGUGAAGACUCUUUGGAAGCAGAUUAAAAGAUUUGCUUUAAUAUUAAUACUUGUAACAUUUUCGGUUGUAAAUGUGAAUAUGUAUGUGUCUGAAGUAUUUUCAGAAUAUCUGACACUUGUAAGCAAAGAAAA